AUGAUAUCAAAAGUCAGUGCAAAACAGAUUGCCGUGUACGAUAAGUUAGAAAACGUCAAUCAACUGAAAGAAAUUACUUUAAAACUUGAGCAAGUAAAACAGAAAUCCGAAGACAUUGAAGACAAAACAGCCAUAAGCAAUGAAAAAGUUGAUGUUAUAGCAGCAAAUGUGGAAAGAAAUAAUGUAAAUAUAGAACGUGUUUACUCGCUGGUAACAGAAUUAUCAACUAACAUUAAAACCUUAUUAAAACAAAUGUCUUGUGUUAAACUACUCAAUAACGGGAACACACAAAGUGCAGUAGUUGGAGAACAUGAACUUAGAAUAGAGUUGGAAGAUUAUGAUGGUAACAGUGCAUAUGCUAAGUAUAGCAAAUUUAAGAUAUAUCCAGAAGAAGACAACUACAAACUGGAGGUGAGAGGAUAUAGUGGAAAUGCCGGGGAUUCCCUAGAUUAUCAUAAUGGGAUGAUGUUCUCAACUUUUGACAGAGACAAUGAAACAGAUAAAAGACAUUGUGCUGUUCAGUUUCAUGGUGCAUGGUGGUAUAAAGGUUGUUUCUAUUCAAAUCUCAACGGACAGUAUUCCGAAAAAAGUCAAAAAGGAAUUAGGUGGAACAAGUGGAAAGUCUCAAGUUUAAAGAAAGUAGAAAUGAAAUUCCGUUAG